GCAAGCCCUGGGGAGCUUCGGCACGGCCACGUCAAUUUGACUGGACGACGUGGUGCACCAAAGUAAUUGACACGAGGGGAUUCCACUGCCCAUUGGCACUUUCCACGACUUCGCGUUGCUUCACGUUAUCCUGUGCUUUCAUGCAGUGGCUGAUGUGCGACUGCCAUUCCCUGCAGCCCACGAUUCGAUGGCGAGUGUGCUGGAGAGAAUAUGGUGUCGAGAGUAGUUGGCCUAUCUUCGGGCUCUGUAUGAAACUGACACAAAGCGCAAGUCGAUUCCUUGCGCUUUAGUUGCAUUGAUUGAAUCUGCGGCAUUACCUGUGACUGUGCUGAAUCGGGUUUGAAAGUACCCUGGAUCCAGAAACGGCGUGAUCUCUCCCGCGAGCCCUACUUCACCGAUUGCUGAUUGCUGCCGCGUGGACAGGCUUACUUCUGCUGGCGGUGUUUCGGUGCGCUCAUUGCGGUGCUCAGACCCGGGCGAUGGGUCAGCCGUCGACGUUCUUCCUGCCUUUCACGGACUACAAGCUACCAUUGGACGUCGAGCUAGGGACAGCACCCCCAGUCAUCAUGCGCGCCAUGCCGGGUGGGAUACUGCUUUUCGCAUUCAUGAGCCACUGGAUGUCGACAAUGUAUCGACAUACCGCGCUUCGUGUGCUAAAUAAAUAUCAAAUGAUCCUCACACCCUACCACCCCCGAACAAGACAAAGGGAGUCAAGGAGUUCUUGGGAUGGAGCCGGUUUUGUAUGUGUUCCCGGAUCUCUUGAGCAUGGUCCCGGUGUGAUUCCUGCUGAUCUGCCGUCUGCACCUCGGACACAGCCACGUCCAGGACGCGCAAAGCAUCCACAUCAGUCAUCCAGCCGUUGUACGCAUCGGCGGCCCGGCCAAGCACCCAGUCGAGCCCAUUCCCAUCUGCAAGACAGUUCUGUGGAUAUUUGCGGAUGAAUGCAGCGGCGGCGGCGGCGAAUCGACGUUCCAGUUCAGUGUCUGCGUAUCUAGGAAAAAAGAAGGCGGGUGAGUGUACCAAUCGGAGCGUCUCAAAGUCCAGGUCGCGCUCUGUUUAAUCUGGACUCCGGGCGACGCACUGCUCGAAGAAAGUGGUCCAAACACCCACACAUGCACAGUGGUAAAUUUCCUGUGCCGAUGCCCGCUCCGUCCGUUUAUCACUGCCAAGGCCGAGCACGGCGCGGAACCAGCCCUCGUCAUUUAAGAUAUUCGGCAAUCGCUCCCAUUCCAACAAAUCAUCCUUGGGACUUUUGAGCGCGACGGACUGGACGAUGGCAGCCAAACGGUGCGUGCAGAUGGUGGCUGCUUGUUUCCGCAGAGUGCGAA